UUGGAGGAGCGGGCCGGGAGCUGAGGGGGGCGGAGGAGGCGGAGGCGCCGAUGGAGCGGGCGCUGGGGCUGCCCGCGGAAGAGGACCUCUUCCACAAGAGCCUCGCCGCCUCGGCCAAGCGCAUGGAGUCCGCCUUCCGCUCGCCCCCGGGGCUCGACCUCUCCCACCCGCGCGACCGCCAGCCCUCGCCGCUCGCCUGCUACGAAGCGCCGGAGCCCGAGGCGCUGCUGCAGCCCGGCGUCGGCGGGGACCCGCUGGCGCUGCCGCCGGGCUCCGUCUGCGUCAAGUACGGCGAGAGCGCCAGCCGCAGCUCGGUGGCCGAGAGCAGCGGCGGCGAGCAGAGCCCCGACGACGACAGCGACGGCCGCUGCGAGCUGCUGCUGCGCGGCGCCGGGGGGGACCCGCGCGACGCUUCGCCGGCGGCGGGCGGCGGCGGCGGCGGCGGCCCGGGAGGAGGGGGGGGCGGGGGGCUGAAGGCUGCCGAGGGCGGCUGCUCCAACGGGCACGGGCACGGCGGCAGCAAGAAGUCCAAGGAGCAGAAGGCGCUGCGCCUCAACAUCAACGCGCGGGAGCGGCGGCGGAUGCACGACCUGAACGACGCGCUGGACGAGCUGCGGGCCGUCAUCCCCUACGCGCACAGCCCCUCGGUGCGGAAGCUCUCCAAGAUCGCCACGCUGCUGCUGGCCAAGAACUACAUCCUCAUGCAGGCGCAGGCCCUGGAGGAGAUGCGGCGCCUCGUGGCUUAUCUCAACCAGGGCCAGGCCAUCUCGGCCGCCUCCCUGCCCAGCUCCGCCGCGGCGGCGGCGGCGGCGGCGGCCGCGCUGCAUCCCGCCCUCGGCGCCUACGAGCAGGCGGCGGGGUACCCGUUCAGCGCCGGGCUGCCUCCCGCCACCUCCUGCCCGGAGAAAUGUGCCAUCUUCAACAGCGUCUCCUCCAGUCUCUGCAAACAGUGCACGGAGAAGCCUUAAGCCGCGCCGAGCCCCGCCGCCGCCGCCUCCGCCUCCGCCGCGACCCCGGGGAGAUGAGAGA